UUCCUUCCUCACGGGGGAGCCAAAAGACAGCAGACAGCGGCACGUGCCGGCGGCGGCGGAGCAGGGGGGCGCUCGUUCCACAAGUCCCUUGGCCGUGUCGGUGGGGGCGCACCGGCGCGUCCGCCCUCCGGAGGCGGCGAGCCAUGGAAACGCAGUGGGGCCUCUUCUGGGUCAGCGCGGUGUGCUUGCUGGUGCACGCCCGAGGGCAAGGCGACUUCAACUUGGAAGACGCUCUGGACGACAACGCGGAGCCCACCAAGAAGCCCCACUCAGACAUCUACCCCAGGCCGAAGCCCCCGUACCGCCCGCAGCCCGGGAAUCCUGACUCCGGCGGAAAUAUUUACCCAAGGCCGAAGCCCCCACCACCUCGCCCACAGCCUGGCUACCCCGACGGUGGAGGUCACCUCAUUGACGGGGACCUGGACGACGGCCGCUACCCGCCCAGGCCCAGGCCCAGGCCACCAGCAGGGGGCGGCGGAGGCGGUGGCGGCUACAACCCCAGUCACGACAGCUACGGAGGCGGAGGCGGCGGCGGCUACGGAGGCGGCGGUGGCUACGGAGGCGGCGGUGGCUACGGAGGCGGCGGUGGAGGUGGCUACCGCCCGGGUCACGACGGCUACGGAUCGCACGGAAGGCGCUCUAGACCCAACUCCGGUGGAUAUAACUAUGGUGGAGACAGCUACAAUACCUAUGGCAACCCGCAAGGCAACUUGGUGGCGAAAAUCGUGUCUCCCAUCGUCUCCGUGGUGGUGGUGACGCUGGUGGGCGCCGCGGCCACCUACUUCCAGCGCAACCGCGGGAGAAAUUGCUUUCGAACCAACGGCCCACAGAACGUCUGAGGACUUGGAGGUGCCCCGAGGGGGAAACCGCCGUGUGGACCAGAGCCCCGCUCCCCCUGCUCCUGUCGAAAGUCUCCUUCGUGUCCCCGGCCUCCGUGCCCGUGUCCCCGGCCUCCGUGCCCGUGUCCCCUCUCCCGCUGAGAAAACGGUGCCCUCCCCCGCCCCCCAUCGCUGACUGUGGCAUGGUGCUGCUUCUCCGGAUACCUCUGACCGCCGGGCCUGGGGGUGCCGAUGCGCCCCGCGUCUGCGCGGCCACAUGCGCUUGGACGCAGAGAUGUCUGCGUUUGCACUGAGCUCUUGCACGACCCUCCUGGUGCCACAGACACACACCUCACGUUCGCGCCCGGGGGCUUGGCUGUAAAACUCGGUGUCGUCGGCAAAAUGGCUCAGGGUCUUGGGCGGGGUGGCGACGGGGCUUCUGGGAGAAUGGGGGUUUCCGCCAGGCGGUGGCAAGGAUACUACUGAUGCUCCCUCAGCGCUGAGCUUCACAGGGCAGGUGGGCAGGAGGGACACGCAGGGCGCAGGGCAGAAACCCCCCCCCGCCCCCGGUCCCCUCCCGCUCCUGGGCACACGGCACUGGCAUUCUCUGCAGCAAGCGUGGAUGGGGGGCGGGGUUUGUACCUGCGAACUCGCUCGUGGGGAAACCGCCUCGGGGUACCUGGUCCUGGGACACCCCACGGUUUCAGGGUCUGUCUGGAGACCGUGGGAUGGACAUAAGUAGCGACAUUCAGGUGCUGGGACUUGCCGUGUGAUUUUCAGCCUUUUCAGCCUUCGGGGACCACACUGGCUUCGCUUCACUGAUCCUUUUUGCUUUGGGCUCCGGUAGAAACCCUUGCGUCCUUUAGCAUCAAGACCUCCUAUCAGCUGUCGGCUUGCAUUUUAGAGACACGCCCGGGGAGAGGGAAGGGGGAGAUUCGGGUCUAUGGCUAUCGUUGGCUUCCACGCAGAUGAAUGUUUACAGGACUUCCGGACGUGGCCGUGAACCUGAGAAGUGGGGACCAGCACGUGGCAGUGUGGGAGUCACACAGGACACCCCCUAAAGUCCCACAUGUGGGGGCUUGCAGCCGGGUCGGGGCCUGGGUCUCCACACAAAGAGAGAGAGUUGAAAGUGAAAGGUGUUUGGAAAAAAGAACUGGAAACUCAUCUCUGGGGUGGAAGGGGGGUCAAGGGUGACGGACGGAGACAGGACUUGGGGUGGUGAGCACAACAAAUACAAUUUUCCGGGGCGGGUAUCAUACAAUCGCACAGGUUGAACUGACACGAUUAUAUUCGCCGGUGUCACCCCAGUAAGUUCAAUAAACAUUACAAAAACCCCCAGGGGCAAA